AUGCGCUUCGAGCUCCUGACUAGAACGUGCUCCAGGGUCCACGACGGGGGCGACGGUGGCGACCUGGCCCCGGAGCUGCUCGGGGACCUGCUCUCCCGCGGGAGCACCGUCCGCAGCCUCUUCGACUCGCUGGGGCUGGGGCUGCGGGGCGGCGGCGUGACCUGCCGGGGCCUCAGCCAUUCGCGGGCGGGGCCGGGCGGGCUUCGCCGGGCUCGGCGACCUGCCGCCGAGCAGCGACGUCGCCUGCUUCGCGGUCGCCGCCCUCGGCGCUGGCCGUUGCCGACCGCCGUGGCGGUCGAGGGCGAGGAGGCGGAGUGCAACGUGGGGGUGGGCCCCCACGACAUGGCCAAGGGCAGCAAGGAGCUCAAGGAGGCGGACCCAGACGUCCCCAUCGACCAGAGCGGCGAGCCCGCCGUGGACGGCGGCGAGCGGGCCGCGCAGGGCCGUCUCGCGGCGGCGCUGCGCACCGCGGGCGCGGCCGUCGUGGCCUACGACAGCGCCCCGGGGCAGCGGCACGUGGUCCGCAAGGUGGAGCCUCGGACGCCCCACUCUGGACGCCGCGAGGCGGCGUCGCGCGACGCGGCCCUUAGCGCACCCCAGCGCUAUGACGUGGUGCACCAGGUCGCCUGCCGGGUGGCGAACAUCUUCCGCUUCUUUCCCAGCUGCGAGGCCGUGACCGUCACCAUCGAGCCGAAGUCCGUGGGCGACAGGCUCUCCACCAACGAGUCCCGCAGGAUUCGCGCCGCAGGGGUUGCCGCCGCCGCUUGGCGGCGCGCACGAACGAUUCCAUAG